UCCAUAUGUGUCAUGUAAACCCCAUAUCAUGGCUGUCGAAAAGUUUUCGACAAUAAAAUCUAAAUUCAAAAUGUGAUUUAAUUUUUAAACUAAAAUCUCGGUAUACUUUUUUUUUUUAAUUUUUCUGCAAAAUUUAAAAAAAAAAUCCUAUCCUAUCAAAAUUUUGCAAAUAAUAAAAUGAGAAAAUUUUUCUACAAUAUUGGUCAAUCAUUGUCAUUAUUUUCAGACGAAAAUAAUUUACAGCAACAAAAUGUAAUAAAAACGGAAGAUUUAUUGAAUUCAAAAAUUGAAAAUAAAUCCGAUCCACCAUCAUCAUCAUCCACCAAUGAUAAUGAUGACUGUGAAAAAAUAAGAAACAUACUAUUAGAAGAUUUGAAAAAUAAUCGUGUAAUUGAUAAAAAUAAUCUUCACAAAAUAAUUAAAGAACAUUUGAAAAAACGAAGAAUUAACGAUAAUUUUAACAGUUCAACAACAGCAGAGGCAAUUUUAGCAUUACUUCAAGAAAUUCAAUUACAAUUACAAUCGAUAUUAAACACAUCGAAUUUUAUAACCUAUGAGGAACAAUAUACAGAAAUACUAAUUGGUAAUUUAAAAAAUGACAUUUUUGAGAAUUUUGUAAGUAAUCAAGAACAGGAAGAACCAAAGAAAACAACAACACCUUUGGCAGUUGUUUGUCAAAUAAAGGCGAAACAUAAGAGAAUAAACGUUACAGAUAAGGAUGUUGAUCAAAAUGAGACAUCCGCGAAAGGUGAACGACACAUUCAAGAUGAGGAAUAUUUCGAGGAAUUUUUCAAAGAAAUUCAAGAGGGAUUAAAUAGGGGAUUUUAUCGAAAGCGAAGACGUUAUUGGAGUCGAUUUAGUUUCAGUCCAUCAUCGACUAUAUCUGAAUGUCAAAUUAAUCAAUCGUCGGAUAAAUUUUUUAAAAAAUCAAACCAAUUAUUAUCCUCCAUGACAGUAUCUGACGAAAACUUAAAAAAAAUUGAAACUCCCUUUAAUUUAACAACAGUUAACAGAAGUGAAACAUUUUUCGAUUGUGCCAACAAGAAGAUAGAAAAAUUUCCACUAUCACCACUAUCCCCCUUAGAAGAUGAGAAUAAUCCAUUUCAAAAUAGUUCCAAUUUUUUAUCACCAACAUCAUCGAUAAAUCAAAAAAUAUCAAUUGAAUCAAAUAGAAAUUCUAAAAUAUCAUCAGAUGACUCACCAUCAAGAUCAGUUGAAUCAACAUCAAAUGCAAGUUCAUUGUCCUUGUCUAACGCAUUUCAAUUUGAUGAAAUAAAACCAAAUGGCAGUGAACAAAAAAUAAUAAACACAAAUUUACAAUCGGACAUGGAAUUAUCAAGAGAGAUGAAUGUUUUAGAGGAACAAAAUAACAACAUCAAUAACAAUACUGAGAAAUCUGAGGAUGUUGAAAGUGCCUCAUCUGGACCAAAUUUGUUAAUAACAGAUGAAAGUGUAUUGAAAUUGGCACGUGCUUUGAACAUCGCGAAACGCUUUCAAAAUGAAAACAAAGUUCUUUGGCAACAAAUCACCCGACUAAAGAAUUUAAUUAACGAAAAGGAUUUAGAAAUUAAACGAGUCAAAUUACAUUCAAAGAAGGAGGCAAGCCAGGAUGAGGUGAAAAUUCUUAAAGAUAAAUUAACAAUUUUGGAACAGGAACAAAGUAACAUGAGUCAGAAUUUGAGAAAAAGUGAAAAACUUUGUCGCGAAUAUGAAAGGGAUCUUGAUGGUUUAGAAAAAAAUUUGGAAUUUGCAGAACAACGCAGAAAAAGUUUUAAGUCAAAUUGCAUUUGUAUUAAGAGCGAAUCAUCGAAACAAAAUUUUAAUAUUGGAACAUUGCCAGAGAUAGAUAAUAAAGAUCAGGAAUCAGAAAUUGAGAAUUUAGAAUACGCUGCUGAAGGAUCAAGUUGUUUUCAACUUAAGGGAAAUAAUAAUAAAACUGAAAACUCAAGCACUGAAAAAGCAGAUAACUCAUCAUCAUCAUCAUUAAUGAAACGAUCAUCAGCUUAUGAAAAAUCAAUAUCUGGACAUACACUAAGAAAUUCACGGCUUCGUAAAGAAUUUAAAAAUAACAAAACUUGUGAAAGAUAAAAUCUCGACAAAAAAAAAAAAAUUUUGUAACUAAUAACGAAUGAAAUAUUACUUUUAAAUAAUGAAAAAAUAA